GCUCCGCCUCAGCCCGCCUCGGGCCCGGGUGCGGCGAGCGAUGUGGCCGGCGGGGCCGGAGGGGCUGCGCAGGGCGUGGACGGCCCUGCGGGCGGGGGCCGCGGCGGGGAAGGCCCUGAGCGGCGGGGCCGCGGCGCAGGCGCAGAGCCGGCCGCCAUGCUGGAGCUGCGGGGGGGCGGCGGCGGAGGAGGCCGGGGACGCGCAUGCGCUCUUCUGCCCCACCUGCCGCGCGCUGCAACCGCCCGACCCGGCGCGCGACUACUUCCGCCUCAUGGACUGCUGCCGUUCCUUCACAGUUGAUAUCCGAAAGCUGCAACGCAGGUACCAACAGCUACAGAAUUUGGUUCACCCCGACCACUUCAGCCAGAGGUCUCAGACCGAAAGGGACUUUUCAGAGAAGCAUUCUACGCUGGUCAACGAAGCCUACAAGACUCUUCUGAUUCCACUAAGCAGAGGGUUGUAUCUUCUGAAGCUGAGUGGUUUGGUAAUACCCGAGGGCACAGACAGUGAAAUGGACACGCAGUUCCUUGUGGAAGUCAUGGAAGUCAAUGAAAAACUGGCAGAAGCUCAGAGCGAGGCUGCGAUUGAAGAGGUCGAGACCUUAGUCAAAGAUAAACAGAAGAAACUGACUGAAGAUGUAAGCAGAGCUUUUGAACAAGAUGAUCUUCAAAAAGCCAAGGAACUUUUAACAAAAAUGAGGUACUUUUCAAAUUUGGAAGAAAAGGUGAAGAUAAAGAAGAUACCUUCCUAAUUUCACAUCCAUUAACAUCGAUACUGAAUUUCAUGAGAAUGCUCACUACUUUAAUGGAAUUUUUUGUCUUAAUUGAGCAGAGGCAUAUUAAAAGACCUGAUUUCCAAGUCUUGGAUCAGAUAUGUAGAAUUGUC